UUUAGACGUCGCACACGCCGCACUUCCUGGUUCUUCCGUGUUGAUGUUCACAGAUGUAACCUGGUUUAAGUCAAACGGUAGUAAUUUUCUUGUGUUUCUUACCUUCAUCAAGAUGCCAUCAAUUUGCGAAUAAAUUAACAUAGACUAAAAUCGACUUCCCGUUGAUUUCCUCUGUAAUUUAGCUGUUUGAGUUCCGUUUUUCUUAUUUGGCAUGCAGUCAUCAUCACCAGAUUUUCUGAGGGCACAACAGGUUUGAUGCCCACUUCUCCAACAUGGAGCUCUCAGAUUUGAUGACACACAAGAACGGGCGGCAUAGGAAGAUGGCGGGUGCCACCAACCAACCUGAAAACAUGAGGUACAUGGACAAAGAAGAGAAGAGCUCCUCUGAACCAGAAGUAGAAGAGGAAGCAGAGGGUCUUAUCAGAGGGUCAGACUCUGAGGACAGGAGGCACAGAGUCCGGCCUGGGAUCCGUGGCGAGUUGGGGAACGUGUUGCUUCUUCUGUUCCUGUACGUGCUGCAAGGGAUUCCUCUGGGACUGGCUGGUAGCAUCCCUCUGAUCUUACAGAGUAAGAGCGUCAGCUACAAAGACCAAGCCUUCUUCAGCUUUGUCUUCUGGCCAUUUAGUCUCAAGCUUCUCUGGGCGCCUCUGGUGGAUGCUCUCUACUUUAGCAGGUUUGGUAGAAGAAAGUCAUGGCUGGUGCCCACACAGUUCCUGCUGGGCCUCUUCAUGCUCUACCUUUCUGGGACGGUCGAUUCCCUGCUGCAGAGUGAGGGAGGACCGAAGGUGGUAACACUUACUGCCGUCUUUUUUAUGCUUGAGUUCCUGGCAGCCACACAGGACAUAGCUGUGGACGGCUGGGCCCUGACUAUGUUAUCCAGAGAGAAUGUGGGAUAUGCGUCUACAUGCAACUCUGUGGGCCAGACAGCUGGAUACUUCCUGGGGAAUGUACUCUUUCUGGCUCUAGAGUCUGCAAACUUCUGUAACAAAUACCUCAGAGUAGUGCCCAAGGACACAGGCAUCGUCACCUUGUCAGACUUCUUGUUUUUUUGGGGAGUGGUGUUCCUGGUGUCCACGACUUUGGUAGCCAUCAUUAAAAGGGAAAAUGAGCAGGGCAAAGGAAAGAGGAGAGUCCAUGAGGAGACCGAGGGCGUCAUGGAAACCUACAAGCUGCUGUUCUCUAUCAUCAAGAUGCCCACUGUCUUCACCUUUUGUGCCCUGCUUCUCACCGCUAAAAUUGGCUUCUCUGCAGCAGAUGCAGUGACGGGUCUGAAGCUGGUGGAGGCUGGAGUUCCAAAGGAGCAGCUGGCAUUGCUGGCAGUGCCCAUGGUGCCUCUGCAGAUCCUACUACCUGUGAUCAUCAGUAAAUACACAGCAGGGCCCAGACCUCUGGAUGUCUUCUACAAGGCCUUCCCUUUUAGGUUGCUAAUAGGACUGCUGUACGCUCUGCUGGUGUGGUGGACCCCCAGUGUGAAAGAAGAAGGAGGGUUCCCUGUUUACUACUAUGGCAUUGUGCUGCUUAGCUACGCAUUGCAUCAGGUGGCGUUGUACAGUAUGUACGUGGCCUGCAUGGCCUUCCAUGCCAAAGUGAGUGACCCCCUCAUCGGCGGGACCUACAUGACCCUGCUGAACACAGUCACUAACCUCGGUGGAAACUGGCCCUCCACUGUGGCUCUGUGGAUGGUGGAUCCCCUGACCUCAAAGGAGUGUCAGGGGGCUGUCGGGCAGAGCUGCGGCUCUCCAGACGAGGCCGGGCUGUGCGUUAAGGAGGGCGGCGUUUGUGUGACUACAUUGGACGGCUACUACGUGGAGUCGGUGGUGUGUGUUGUGAUUGGUUUAGCCUGGUGGGUGUGGUUAGGGAAGAAGAUGAGGCGGCUGCAGGAUCAGAGCCCCGCUGCAUGGAGGUGCAGAGCUAAUCAGUGAUGACCGUAUCAUCAGUACCACAGACUCUUAUUUUCUUGCACCUCCACAUGCUCUGCUCCGAAAACUGUUGAAUGGUGGACACACUUUUAUUCCAUUCUCAUCUGUCUGAUUUAGUCCUUCCGGUCCUGCUCUAGCUGCUGCGUUUAAAAAAAACUCUUACACUUUCUCACCUCUGUCACCUUAAAGUACAUAAAUCUGAUGAAAUAUGCCGUUGGUUGGCUCUCUGGAGGGAAAGCUCCUUGUCAUUGUUACUUGUGUUAACUGUAACAGUGACCUGAAUAGUAAAACAACAGGUCAGAUUAGCUUUUUGAAGAACUUGUUUUAGUUUUUUUUUUUUUUUUUUUAAACCAUCCUGCUGCUUGCAACAGCCUAACCAAACGAUCGCUGGGACAAAGAGUUUUUUCAAAUAACUUUCUGAGUUUGUUCUUACCUGCUUGGAUAGCCAGUUUGAGUUUACUGUGUACAAGUACAAUUGAAGUUGUUCUGUGCCUUUUUGCCCCAAAUGUGAAAUAAAAUAACUUGAUCCCCUCCACAUAAAAGAAAUCUUGUAAAGUAACAUUAGUAAACUCAGCACUUCAGACUCAGCACUUCCCAGCCAGUCACCAUUUAAUCUCUAUUAAAAGGAUACUAAAGGGAAAAGACAGGCAAAACAUACCAAUGCACUCCUCCAAACUAUCUGAAGUGUCCUGAUGCUGGUUAGUCCAAGUAAAUUAAACCCAGUGUGAAGACUAUCUUUCAUUGCUGUUUGACUCAAAUCUGAAUAUUUUUUAUUUUUUUAUUAUUUAUUAUUAUUAUUAUUAUUAUUAUUAUUAUUUAAUUAGAGGUGAUUUGUGCCUUGUUUAGUGUUUCAAAGUCUUUAAAGCCAAUCUUGUUUGAGUUAAAUUAUCAAGGCAGGGAAUGUUAGUGUCAUCUGAAGAUGAGGUUGUUAAAUUGAUGAACAUCCAUUGUGUAACACUUGUUUUCUGUAAUACUGUAGUUUGGUAGAUUACACAAAACAUGACUACUUCAGUUAUUUCUUUACUUGUUUUUUUUUUUUAAAUACUUACUCUAGAAUAUGAUGCUGAGCACAUUCCUAAUGAAUCAUUUUAUUAUUACCAAUAUCAAUGGUUAAAUGAACUGAGAUGUCUAAGAUAUUAAAUGUUUUUUUGUAGAAGCAAUCUUUUAUUUUUCCAAACGUUCCUUAAAUCGGAUUAGUUUUACCCGAUAUAGGACAAAUUUGAAUCUUUAAUAGCAAUAUUGGACGGUGCAGCUUUAAACUGUUUAAACCUCUUGGUUAUCAAUGUUGGUAAAUUGUUUUUGCUAAGGUAUUUUUAAGUUGCAAGAAGAAAACAAAUUCAAAAUAUAAUAUGCACACUAAAUUUCUUUUUUUUUAAUCAGACUCUCCUGAAGUAGGUCUCGCAGCAUUUUCCAGUUUUAUUGAUGCAUUAUGCUGUAUACUAACUAUGAAUGCAACUAUUUAUUACAGGAGUCCUAUAAGACCUUUUAACAUCUAUAAAGUCAAGUUUUGCAGUGUAGAUCAAGAAUCUCUCCGCGGAUCCCAACUGAGUGGGACAUUAACACCAGCCUAAAAAGUAUGUAAGUAAUUACAUAGUGAAUUUUUUGCCCUCCAAAAACAAUUCAGAUCCCAGCCUCAGUGAGAAAUUUGAUAAGAAGAUAUCCUGUUUGUUUUGCAUAUUGUACAUAGAACUGAAUGUUACAGUAUUUUCUCUGAAGCCAGCAUUGAAAGUCCAACUGCUGUCAAAUGUAAAUGUUGAAAUACACAAUCAGGGUUCAUGUAAGGAUAAAAGCUUAAUUUGUAACUCAUUUUGCAUUUAGUAGUAAUAGUUUCUGAUGUCUUAUACCAACUUUGUCAACCACAUGUAAAAGGUCAAACAUUUUUAGAUUACCAUGGUAGCAGUUGUCUGAAAUGCACAGAAGUUCCUUUAUACUGCACAUUAAUGAAUCAGUUUAGUUCACUUUAUACUACAUGACUUUGCUUUGAUGUUUAUUGGGCAUUUCAUUUGUAUUUGUACCAGCAUAUCACUGUAAUAUGACCAUAGAAAAUAUGACUCGUUUUCCUGUGAACCUUUUUGCCAUUAACAGGGCACCAUAUUUGUUUUGAUUUUCUUUGACAAACAUUAGACAAUGUGACCGUUGAUUUCAGCUAUAUAUGAAUUUGUUUUUAUAUUUUAGAUCAGGGUUUUUACUUUACUCUGCUAAAUUGGCUUUUAGGUGGUAGUAAACUGUUACUUCAGAAUUUCAGCAGCAGGAAGUUCAGUGUUUUAAUUUAUCUCACAAUGUUACCUCAUAUCCUUUAAUUGAUUUCUUUUGAAUUGAAUUUUUUUUUUUUACUUUGAACAAUUUUAGUUUGAAUCCAAAUCCCCAAUCAUAUAAAAGAGGAUAGCACAGGGUGACAGUAUCUUGAGAAAUUUCAAUAUGCUAGCAGCAGACAACUUUGACACUCAUAGGAUGCAAUGUUAAUGAGAUUUGAAAUUAAAAAAAAUUUAAAAACCAAAUGCA